AUGGCCGAUGGAUGCGAUUCUAGAAACGCAGGGAUUGCAAAGGCCUUGAAACCAAGCGAGACAAUCACCCUACCUAGAAAAAACUGGAAAGUAUCUGAGAGAGAAUAUCACCGAACCUUCAUCAUGUCGCAGGCAAUGAUGUUAGAUGCGCUGAUGACGGAUGUUUAUCGCAAUCUUGAAGGUAUCGAAAACCAAGGUCUUGAUGUUAACUUUACUGCUUUGAAUUUCAAGACGCUUUAUGUGAUUGGUCGUAAACAAUAUGCUACUAAGCCGGAGGGCGCGGUCAUGGUUGGGCCGAGAACUGAGCACUUGCCAAUUAUAUCGUAUACCGGGUGGUAUGAGAGACAAAACUGGAACGAGUUCCUCGGAGAGACCCUCAGUGUAAUGCUGGGACAACUUGCACAAAAUAUGACCAUUCGAACCGGCAAAGCUGGUGUUCAAGACCAAGAAGCCUUCGUGGUGGGGUUUCAUGGGCCCCAUGUUCAUAUCGCUCGGGCAUUCUUUGCCGCUGAUUUAGUUGCGAGAGUACACCCAAGAGGAUGUUCACGUGACGAAGUUAUUGAACUGAAAUUCACACGUGGCUAUGACCUCUCUCUGAAGAGAGAUUGGCUCGACGCUACACGUGCUUUGGCGAGGCUGUUCCGAUAUCUUCUCAGUGGACGUGCAAAGGUUGCUGCGAUACAGGGCUACUUGAACAGGCCAUCUAAUACAGCAGGGAAAAGUAUGUAG